AUAUACAUGUACAUUAAAGAGUACACCACACAAAUCAUCGUCUAGCACAUUUAAUUAUAUAGGAUAUUAAUAGGAUAGUGUUGUAAGUAUUUGCACUAUGCUUUGAUAUAUUGUACUAUUUUGUGUAUUGGAAAAUUGACAAUUCCUCUCUAGAAGCGAGAUACUGACCCAGAAUAAAAAAUAUCUACAUGUCUGCUAAAAUAUAGGUUACUGAAACCGAAAGAGGAAGGUUAUUAUCACUCGGAUUAUUCAUAUUAGGGACGCCGUGUUAGAGUACUAAUGGCAGAGUUAACAGGGACACGUCAUGAUGAACAACGGUCAAGAGGAUACGCUGUUAUUAUAAAUAACCGCGACUUUAGAUUGCAUGACAUUUACAGGAAAAUUUUUCCAAAGAAGAAUAUACCAGACCCAACCCGUUAUGGUGCUGGCAUAGAUGAUUCGAACUUGCAAUUUAUCUUUGGCACGAAACUUAACUUUCAGUUCCUUGAAAACAGAACGUUUAAGAACGUCAACAAAAGCCCUUACAAGACGCAUACUCAACCUUUUUGGAUUCAUGACACAAAACCAGAGGAUAAAAAGGAUUGUAAAUGUAUGAGUUGUAAAAUUCAAUCAAUUGAUCAUUCUGAUGCAGAAUGUUUCGUUUUGGCAAUAAGCACACAUGGCGUGCAGGUGGAUGGGAAACAGGAGAUUUGUUUCUCGGAUGAUCUUUUUGCAAACAGAGUAACACUUUCAGACGUUAUAAAAACACUGAACGACGACAACUGUAAAACACUGGUAGGGAAACCGAGAAUAAUUAUACUUAGUAUGUGUCGAAGUGAUCCCGAAGUUCGUGAAGAGAAACAAGACAAGGUUUGGCAUGACGCUGGUCAUAACAUUGGAGAGAUAGGAGAUGGAGAAGUCAUGCAACAGUUUGAGAACUUGGGUAUUCAAUGUGGUGCCGGAGAUCUUUCCUACCAAGAAGGCCAAAGCCAAAACCCUGAUGAUUUUCAAGAAAUACAUCCAAGCAAAGAUUACAGAAUAAAAAGCGUAAAUAAAAACAUAAAAGCCGACAAUAAAGCGCCUGAUGAUGAAUAUUAUUACGGUACCGAAGAAGCUUUGAUGAACCUACCUCCUAACUUUUUAAUUGUGUUUCCAUCCGUCGCUGGAAAGAAGACAUUUCAUAAUAAAACUUACGGAUCUUGGUUGAUAGACGAAUUAGCAGAAUCCGUCGAGGGUUUCGAUUUCAGCAGGUCUCCUAACAUGAACUUUCUUUCCGUUCUGACAGAAACAGCCGGUCGUGUUGCAAGAGAUAGAGAGAGUGAAAAAGGCAAGAAAACAGCAGUUUGUAUUGUGCAUAGACUGCUAGAACCCAUCAUCUUUAAAGCUGUCUUAGAUAAAGAUGGAAAUAAACCAUCUGUGGUGGAAGAUAAACCUGCUCUGUAAUAACAGAAAAACUAAGUAAACCUUUCUAUAAAGGCAGCCUAUAACACUAUAAGCAAUGAUGUUUUUUCUGUUAAAACUAAUUCGUUAUAAAUUGAUACCUGUUGUAUUUUUCUCAAACAUAUGAUAAUACGAGAAGACAUACCUUUAUACAUUUUAGAUAAUGUGUAAUUCACGACUUUUAUGUUUGUUAAUCAUGCCUAUAAGAUUUUUCAUCCAACCAAUUCAGUAAUUCAGAUAAACUUAUUUUUUUUUUGGGCAAUUCUUUUUUUUUCAAUUGGCAUUUUUAAGAAAUCAAUUUCAUAUAAAUAAUUUGGUAGAAAACACAUUUAGCUAAUUUUAAUGUUGACCACAAUAAUCUAUUGAAGUCAGAUGUGUAUGUGCUUUUAUCAAUCAAGUAAUUAACAACCAUAAUACAAUUUAACUAGAACUUUACUGAUUACUGAGUGUCAUUUGGAUCUUCAUAAUUGCCCAAUGACUUUCAAUAGAAGAUGCAGUUUAACGUUUAAAAAUCUCAAGCCAUUUUAAAUGGCAGAAAUCUUUAUAUAAAAUCGUUUAUAAACAAACGGUUUUAUUGUAGCUCACCUAAUACUCUCCAAGUCAUUUUAAAACUAUAAAUGAAAGUAGAUAUAAAAUCUAAAAUACUGAUAUCACAAAGUUCAUAUUUGUAUCUAUUUUUGCUUUUGCUAAGGUAAAAACAACUGUUACAUAAGAAGUCACUGGUUGCUAUACAAUGUUUCCCUUGGAAGUCAGUGUCUGCUGGUAAAUACACUUGUUGCUAUGGAAAGUUAUUGUUUGCUAUGGAAGUCACUGGUUGCUAUGAAAUUUACAGUUUGCUAUGAAAAGACAAGGGCUGCUGUGAAGUUACUGAUUUCUAUGGAAACUAAGCUUUAGCUCUUGUAGAUUUGAGAAAAGAUUUUUAAAACGUUUUUACUAUAUACAUAUAAGGCAAAUCUGUGUUAUCCCAAGCCUCUAUACUAUAAUAAAAGAUGAUGUAUUUGUUUCUACUAAAUAAAUAUAAGGAAAAUCAUUGAUCCCCUGAGGCGGGGCUCAUUGUUUAUAUUUUAAACAACUUUUGUGGAGGUCCGCUUGGCAAUGUUUCAUACCAAAUAUCUAAGCUGAAGCUUCUAUAUACUAGUACCUUAAACACGGGGGAGGAACUGUUACACUGAGGAUGGAGUUCUUCGAGUUCUUUUGAUAAUUGUCAAGAGCCUUAUUUAGCAUCUCAAACUAUAUUUUUAAAGAUGAAAAUAACAUUUUUUAUACGAGUCAGUCUAAUCAAAUGUUUUCCAACGAAAUCUGGAACGUUUUCCAGGAAUUCCGAAUCAGGCCAAUGUCCAUAUAUGCGUAAAUAAUUGGGAAAUUUUACUCAAAAUUUCCAUAUUUUAAACAAGAGGCGAUGAAAAAUGGACUUUUAAGUUUUAUUGACGCAUAAUACAAUAUGCAAGGUAAGUUUAAUCAUCAAAGUUUAGUUUAGCACCUCAAACUCUCUUUUUACUUAUGAAAUUACAAUUUUUGACGAGUGUUUCUUUGGUAUAUCCAAAGUUUUCCAAGAACGCCGUGACAGUUUUGACAGGUUAUCAGAAGAACUCAAUCAUCCGUGCAACAGUUCCUCCCCUGUGUAAAAGAAGAGGUGAGAAUCAUUAACAUGUUUUGUAUUUUUUUGUAAAGUCGCUUGCUGUAAAGCAGAUUUUUGACAUCUAAUUUUUGUUUAUAUAAAUAUUUACUUGAUAUAAAGUCUACAUGAUUUCAAAGAUAAUAAUGAAACAUCUUAUUUAUUUUCAUGCCAAACUUUUACUUUAUUUUAUCAAAGGGAGGUAAUUGAGCCAUAGUUGAAUGCUCUGUAAUA